UGCAGCCGGCACAUACCGACGGUGUGUAGGUGCCUUGCAAUGCCGCUGCCAGAGCACGGGGCCAGUCUGCUCAGAGCAGGCAGAAACAGCACACGUUUUCCACGGGCUGGGGCCUUAUUCUUCACUCCUCAGUAAUUUUCGGCAGGAUCUUCCCUUCCUCUCCUACCGGAUCUCCUGUAAUUAACCAGCUACUCUGCAGUGUUAGGCUAAUGUCCUACGCUAAACAGCUGGAGACAGAGUACAAAGGCCAAUUUUUCUGUCCAAAGCAGCGGUGUUUCCUAAUGCACCGACUCCCAACAGCAAGGACGCCCCUGCGGCGUGCUGAGCAAGGGCCCCGCUCCUUUUGCCUUCAAGAGGCGCCCUGGCAGAGGAGACAGCUGGCAGGAGGCAGCCGACCCAGCCCAGGCCAUGUUGUCCAGGCUGCUCCCCACCACCCCAGCAGCAGCCUUGCUCCGGCGGGAGCCGCAUCGGGCCUCCCAAGCGAACGCCUGGAGCUUCCGCGGGGUUACAGCCGGAUUUCGAGGAGCAGCCGCAUCCAACGGCAGAGGGAGCUCUGGGAGAGGAAGAAGAGCAGAGGAAGCCUGGCAGGAGCAGCCCUGGGGAAGGAGGCAGGCAAGGAGGGGUCUGGCAGGAGUAACCGCGGGCUGCUCUGCUGCACCAGAACAACUGGUGGUUUCUUUGCUCCAUGGGAAAAUAGGAAGACAGAGAGAAGAUGCAGUAUGCAAGAAAUAAAUCAUAUAGUAGUCCCUUACCUCUUUUUUUUUUUUUCUGCUGUUUUUGCCUGGUCUUCCUCAACUUUUUUUUUUAAUGGUCUAGCUGGGUGAGUCCUUAAUCUUCAGCCAUUUGAAUGACUGGAGAUCAGUCAUUUGCAGGCUCUGAGCAUUUUGGUCCCACAUAUGUUCUUUCUUUUUCCUCCUGCUGCUCGGAAAGCUCUGCCCAGCUGUGCACCUCAUUAUGCCCUUGUGGCUAGGCUAUUUUAAGAAAACUUAUUCUAAAUGAAUAACAAAAUCAGCAAGCUCUAACUACGGUAACUGUGGGAUUGGGGAAGUAAAGGUUAAGUGCUAGCACAGGUAUAGCUAAGCACUCUGAAGAUAACUGGCUUGCCAUUUCUCUAAAGACCAUCACUUUCCUAGGUCCAGGUAGGGCACUUAGGUUUCGUGCCAUGCCAUUUGCACAGAGAGCCACAGCCAUUUCACUGAGAAAGCCAACCGAGAGCUGAAGAGGGAAGAAGGGUUUUCAGUCAUGAUUUGAAGAAAGAAAUAACAGACUGAAAUGUCCCAGGGGAGGCAGGGAAAUCAUUCCAGCGAGCUGGGCUGGACAAGCCGUGACAGCUGAGAGCUUCUUUUGGUCAUACCCUGCUAAUUCUGGUUAUGACAGGUUUUAAAUUUUUAUUUCCUACUCAGCCUCCACACUUAGCAUUUAGUAUUUGUGGAAUCCAGGAUGAACAGAAGAAGUACGGAUCACAGAAGUAGUAAAGUGCAAAAUUAAGAAAACAGGAAGAGCUAAGUAGAGGAAAUGGACAAAUUCAGUCAUGGACUGACACCCUCUCCCAGCCCUCUGGCUCUAAAGGUCUGAAGGUACCCAACACCUCAGCUGUGGUAGCCGGGCGCUGCUGGGUUGGGAUCUGGGUAUGAAGGUGCCAUGUUACCAGGCACUGCAUUUGGCUGACACAGUCUCUACCUCGGGCUGACCAAGCAACACACAAUCUUAUUGCUGCUCCUGCCAAAUUAAAGCCCUGCUCAAGCCAGCAGCUGGGGCGAAGGGUAGGGGAUGGUGUUCGCAAGCAGCACCGCUUCCUGCCUUCCCACCAGCCCUCCCGUCCACCUCAGGUGACGCUGCAUGCUUUGUGAAUUUAUCAUCCUUUAUUGAUACGUGCAGAUGGAAACGGAUUGGCCAUCUGUUGGUGGAUCCACUGGAUGAAGAGUGAAACCCCGUGAAAACCACAUCUGUGUAACCAGAAGCAGCCAGCAGAAGUUCUUACAUUGUUCCUGCCAUCACUUGAAAACCUUUGCUGAGCUGCAGCACGACAACAGGCGCUGCUCGCCAUGCACACCAGCACGGCUGCUCCUCAUAUUGCUUCAAAAUACAAAGGAAGCGUCUGUGGCACUUGUCAAAAUGAGAAAGUGACCGUCAGCGCCUGGCUUGGUCAUCCCAUCACCGGAGCCUCCUGGAGCCAGUGCUCAGCCCAGCUGAAGCCAGAGGAGGAGGAGGGAGAAGCACAGCCUGAUCAGGAAUGUUUACCCUUGCAGAAGUUGCAUCGCUCAAUGACAUCCAGCCAACUUACCGUAUCUUGAAACCAUGGUGGGAUGUAUUUAUGGAUUAUCUAGCUGUUGUGAUGUUAAUGGUUGCCAUUUUUGCUGGAACCAUGCAGCUGACCAAAGACCAGGUGGUCUGCUUGCCAGUUUUGCAGUCUACUGUAAAUUCAAAAGCACAACCCAGCACAUCAGGGAAGGCUGACUUUACCACUGUUGAAACAACCACUGGUCAAGGAGAAGAAGCAUCAAUGAGAACGGUUUCCUUUGGAAGUGCCCCUACUGUAACACCUGACAUACCUCUGAGCAGAGCUACCUCUUCUCAGUAUCAACCCACUGAAUCAGGCCAGGAGCUGAAGAAGGAGCGGAAAGAUUCUUCAGGCCGUAAAACAAAUUUGGAUUUUCAGCAAUACGUGUUCAUUAACCAGAUGUGCUAUCAUUUGGCUCUUCCUUGGUAUUCAAAGUAUUUUCCCUAUCUUGUUCUCAUCCAUACUAUCAUUUUAAUAGUCAGUAGCAAUUUUUGGUUCAAGUAUCCCAAGACUUGCUCAAAAAUUGAGCAUUUUGUGUCUAUAUUAGGGAAGUGCUUUGAGUCCCCUUGGACUACAAAAGCAUUGUCUGAAACGGCAUGUGAGGACUCAGAGGAGAACAAACAGAGGUUAACUGGUGCCCAGUCCCUGCCCAAGUAUGUUUCCACUAGCAGUGAUGAAGGAAGCCCAAGUGCCAGCACUCCCAUGAUAACAAAGUCUGGCUUCAAAUUUUCAGCUGACAAGCCGAUGAUCGAGGUUCCCAGCGUCACUAUUUUAGAUAAGAAAGAUGGCGAACAAGCCAAAGCGCUGUUUGAGAAAGUCCGUAAGUUCCGGGCUCACGUGGAGGACAGCGAUCUGAUUUACAAGCUCUACGUUGGCCAGACUGUCAUCAAGACUGUCAAGUUCAUAUUUAUUCUCUGCUAUACUGCAAACUUUGUCAACACCAUUAGUUUUGAACACAUCUGCAAACCGAAAGUGGAACACCUGAUUGGCUACACACAGUUUGAAUGUACGCACAACAUGGCUUACAUGUUGAAGAAGCUGCUUAUCAGCUAUAUUUCCCUCAUUUGUGUCUACGGUUUCAUCUGCCUCUACACGCUUUUCUGGCUGUUCCGAAUACCUUUAAAAGAAUAUUCCUUUGAAAAGGUCAGAGAAGAGAGUAGCUUCAGUGAUAUCCCUGAUGUCAAAAAUGAUUUUGCAUUUCUCCUGCAUAUGGUAGAUCAGUACGACCAGCUGUAUUCUAAGCGAUUUGGUGUCUUUUUGUCAGAGGUAAGUGAGAACAAACUACGGGAAAUUAGUUUAAACCAUGAAUGGACUUUUGAAAAGCUGCGGCAACACGUUUCCCGCAAUGCCCAGGACAAGCAAGAAUUGCAUCUCUUUAUGCUGUCGGGGGUCCCUGAUGCAGUGUUUGAUCUGACGGAUCUGGAGGUGUUGAAGCUGGAGCUGAUUCCUGAAGCGAAAAUCCCAGCGAAAAUUUCCCAGAUGACGAAUCUUCAGGAGCUUCAUCUGUGCCACUGCCCUGCGAAGGUCGAGCAGACUGCCUUCAGCUUCCUCCGGGACCACUUGAGAUGCCUUCAUGUGAAAUUCACAGAUGUUGCAGAAAUUCCUGCGUGGGUGUAUUUGCUCAAAACCCUCCGUGAAUUGUACUUGAUAGGCAAUUUGAACUCUGAAAACAAUAAAAUGAUAGGGCUCGACUCUCUCAGAGAGUUGAGACACCUUAAGAUUCUCCAUGUGAAAAGCAAUUUGACCAAAAUUCCCCCCAAUAUCACAGAUGUGGCGCCACAUCUGACAAAACUAGUCAUUCAUAAUGACGGCACUAAGCUUGUGGUACUCAACAGCCUUAAGAAAAUGACUAAUGUUGCGGAGUUGGAACUGCAGAACUGUGAACUGGAAAGAAUUCCCCACGCCAUCUUCAGCCUCUCUAACUUACAGGAACUGGAUUUAAAGUCAAAUAGCAUACGCACAAUUGAAGAAAUCAUCAGUUUCCAGCACUUAAAAAGAUUGACUUGUUUAAAGCUGUGGCACAAUAAAAUAGUCAACAUUCCUUCCUCCAUUACCCACAUAAAGAAUUUGGAGUCUCUUUAUCUCUCCAAUAACAAACUCGAGUCCUUACCUGCCGCAGUGUUCAGUUUACAGAAACUUAGGUGUUUAGAUGUAAGCUACAACUCAAUCGCAUUGAUUCCAGUGGAAAUAGGUUUGCUUCAAAAUCUGCAGCAUUUUCACAUCACGGGAAACAAAGUCGACGUUUUGCCAAAACAGUUGUUUAAAUGUGUUAAAUUGAGGACUUUGUGUCUGGGACAAAACUGUAUUACCUCAAUCCCAGAUAAAGUUAGUCAACUGUUGCAGCUGACUCAUCUGGAACUGAAGGGAAACUGCUUGGACCGUCUGCCAGCCACACUGGGGCAGUGUCAGCUUCUCAGGAAAAACGGGCUCUUGGUGGAAGAUCACCUCUUUGAUGCUUUGCCCCCAGAAGUUAAAGAGGUGUUGAAUCAAGACACAAGCAUUCCCUUUGCUAACGGGAUUUAGGCUGAGGUGAAAUGCUCUGGUAGCUGACUUCCAAACAGCAAAUGCUAAAAAGUAUGGCAAUUGUGAGACCAUGCGUUUUAGAAAGCAGAAUUCCUUGGAAGGCAGGACUACUAGCAGGAUUAGAAGAGGUGUAACCGAGCGUUCAAUGUUUGCAGUGUUUUAAAAGAUUCUUUCCAAAAUUUUUGAGAGGAUAAAGAACCUUAAUAAUCUCAAUUCUUUUUUCCUUAAAUUGUUUGUAACUUGGAUGCUGCCGCUUUUGAAUGUUUACAAAUUUGCUUGCCUGCUUAAAGUAAAUGAUUAAAUUGAUGACCUUUUCUUACUAUGCAAGUUAUUCUUUAAGGUCUGGAUUUACUUUAGUGCAUUACGGGGGGUGGGGGGGAAAGCAAGGUUAAAUGUUGUAUAUGGUAUGGUUCUAACAGCACUAGAAACACAUGUGGAUGUGUGUUAGCGUUCAGCCAUCCUCAGCAAACGAAACCAGUUUGGCUGUGCUUUGAACUGCACCAGAACCACCAUUUUCCUGCAUUUAAGGUAUGUGGUUUGCAUCAGGCCAAGUGUGUUUGCCUUCAUCCUUCAUCCUCAAGGCCUCAUGGUUUUGGGUGAGACUUUUUCUGUGGUUUAGUGUGCUACUCCUUCACACUGGCAAAGACUGGUCACAUUCCCGCAGCUAGUCUCUCCCCCAGCUUCCUCUGUCCCACGCAGCGGUGGGUGGUAAAAGGGAGAAUACUGCCACUUGGCUUUCAAGUGGGGGAUAUUGGAACUGUUUUGCAAGAUGACUUUGAAAGCCAUUAAACACCAAGUGACUUUACUGCUCAUGUUUUGUUCCUCUUCCCAGUUUUCAUCUGGGAAACUCAAGGCAUUUUACAAGUUGGUGAUUGUUUUGUUUCACAGCCCUUGCUUAGGGACUAUGGUGUCUGCUCCAUUUUCUAGACUAAUGACACAGACAUAAGAGUUAUGAUUUACCCAAAUGUAAUGUAGCUUUAUCGCCUGUUGUGGUGUGUCUUCCACACCUGGACUUUAACCAAAAGACCAUCCUUCUCCCCCACCCCAGUCCAAACAAUUUGAUGUUUUUGAACACUUACGCGCUGUUAGAGAACCCUAACCGUGUGCCAGAUAAAUCAUCAAAUAAAGAAAAAAGCAGACAGUAGUGAGCGUGGGAUUUAUUUUUUUUUUUUGGUGGUGUUUUUUUAACUGAAUUUGCAUUGCCAGAACCAUUAAAGAAAUACAAUCCAUUAAAUCUGCGAAAUCAUCAGUUGUAAAUCUUGGCCAUUUACAUUCCAUAUGUGCAGAAAAGAAGUACUAUGCUGGGAGAUGAUUACAUGAUUACUCAUGGUUUAAACACAAUUCCCUAUUGUAGUGCGGUCAGGACUGAACUAGUCUGUCGUUCAAGGCACUGUUCUCACACAGAAAUCCUCAUGCACAGCGAUUUCUACUGUAACUUCACCAGAGCUGCCCUGACUUACACCACUAUUAAUGAGGGGAUAGUUUAGGCCUAGGGGCAUUGAGCAGUCGGGAACAUUUCAAAUACUGCUCUUACGAAUCUUGCACAUUUUAUUGUUAAUCAUUUACUGUUAGUCGUGCUGGGAGGACUGUUCUCAGCUGUAGGUAGCAGUCUCUGAAUACAUACCUGCACCGUGUGGCAUGUAUUUCAGAAGACCGGUCUAUGAAUAGUGGUUUUCCUGCUUCUUUGGGGGAUAUAGUCUGUUUGCUACUUGCCAGCAGGUAGUAAACUUGGGAUGUUGACAGUUCUGCAACACCAAGUCACAGGUCUGGCAGAAUACUUGCAGUUACUGAUCUGUCCUCCACUGGGAAAUUUAGUGCUAAUCCUCAGAAAAAUUUUUUUAAGUAGAAUUUAAGGCUGCAGCGGAUUUUUUUUUUUUUUUAAGAAACUCCUUCAUGUGUUUAUUUUUUGCACAUAGAUCACUUUAAAAUUGCUGGACUAUUGACUCUUUAGAAAAACUGUGGAAUAUACUAUUGAUGUAUACUUUGUAUUUGCUGUUGAGUGUUAUUUCAGCUUCCAAGAAAUUGUGUGUAGGAGGGAGGAAGAGUUGGAGGAUGACAAAGUAAUUAAAAUAUUUAGAAAAAUAGUUCUAUUUUUCAUCUUUUUUUCUUAUUUUAAUAGUAGAGUCGCACAGAAUGCGGCUGUGGGUUGAUCCAGCUUUUAAAAGCUUUUUUUGGUGUUUCCGAUUCUCCUACUGUCCCUACUGAUGUUCAAAAAAUAAACCCAUGUCCACUUCAUAUGAGUAUGGUAUACAUAAUUUAGACCACUGUUUUGACUAGUUAUUAGCCAAUUGUACUUCUUUAGACGACUUCCUCCAAAAUAAGUAUGUGUUAAAGUUAAUUUCAGGCUUGUGAUGCUUGCUUAGCAUAAACUCCAUUCUUGUUUUUAGGAGAGCUUUCUCAGAGUGGGGAGGAAUUGCCCAUCGUCCCCAUGUCGCCUCCCCCUAAGUCCUUCCUUCUCUUUGUGACUGUUUAUAAUGUUCCUAUUUCCUGUGUGUCAACUGACACAGUCUUGCUUUAAAGUCUUGGAAGUUCAUCUCUUUUCCAUGUAAGGCAUGUGAAGUAUAUUUUGCAUUUCUAUUUGAUUUAAUAAAUAAGAUGUUUAUAUCUUCCUCUAAUCUAUUUUUUUUUAAUGGGGGGAAAAGUGUGUUUGCAUAGUAAAAUCUCUGAUUUCAAGUAUUUUGCACCGAACUUGUUCUGUAAUGCCUAUAAUAAGGAAGAGGUAUGAGUUGCUGUUCUGCGUCCUGUAGGUAUGGUUCCUAACUAGAAUACAGUACUUCAGGAUAAGGUUUUUUCUUUUUUUUUUUUUUCCUAAUUUACGUAAUCUAAAUGACCUGCCACUGUUUUUAUUUGGCUAACGGAGUUUUGCAGAAUAUAUGCAGGGUCCCAGAAGAGAAAUGACUGUAUUCAUUCAAAUGAAAGGAAGUAGGAAAUUGCCCGUUCUGUUUGCUCCUGUCACUGUAACAUAUUUCUGCAAAGAUCCUUUAAUUUCCCAAUAAAUUGGAAGAUGCCUUUUGGAAGAUGCUUCCUGUGAUGCAAGUACAGCUGUGGCUGUCCUGAGCAGCCAUCAGGUCUCUUGGUGCAAGGGAGGUUGCUGACACUCAUGAAAGGCUCUCUGCCGCUAAGUAAAUGGCUUUGCAGUCCUGAGGUGCCCUCCCUGGUAGCAAAUGGGGAAGCCCGGACACUGUAAGUCACGUCUGGUUAUGGGGGAUUCACUUUGU